AUGUUCGUCAAAAAGGAGCACCUGCAGAGCUCCAAGAAUCUAAAGAACGACUCGUUCACUGUCCGGUGUGACAUUGUCGUCGUCCACGGUUACCGCACCGAGACGGAGGACGUGCCAGCGGCCUUCGUCUCCGUGCCGCCUUGCAACCUGCGCCAGGACCUCGGCGGGCUUCUCGAAACUGACAAGGGUGCCGACGUGGUGUUUGAGGUCGGCGGUGAGACCGUCGCUGCGCACCGGUGCGUGCUGGCAGCCCGCUCCUCAGUCUUUGCCGCCGAGCUCUUCGGACCAAAGAAGGAGGGCAAGGCCGACGCCGGCGUUGUCAUGCGUGUGGAAGACAUGGAAGCGGAGGUGUUCAAGGCGCUGCUCCGUUUCGCAUACACCGCCUCGCUGCCAAAGACGCGCAAGGAAGACCAAGACAUCACCUACCAGCAUCUGCUCGUCGCCGCGGACAGGUAUGACAUGGGGCAACUGAAGUUGAUCUGUGAGGAGAAGCUGCGCGGGUACAUCGACGUUGGCACGGUGGCGACCAUCCUGAUGCUGGCCGAGCAGCACCGCUGUGAGGGGCUGAAGAAGGCGUGCUUUGAUUUUCUCGCCGCUCCGGCGAAUCUGAGGGCCGCCGUGGCCACGGAUGGCAUACAACAUCUGAGUGCGAGCUGCCCGUCUCUUAUGGUCGAGCUCAUGGCCAUGUCAUGUUUGAAUCUGAAUAUUUUCUCCUUUUUUUUCUUAUUUAUGUUGAUCAUGUGCACCUUGGUCCUGAUGAUAAAUCCUUUUAUGGUAUUUAUUUGA